AUAUAAGCAAUCUGUUUAAAACCCUAAAACCCUAACAGCCAAAAUCAAUACCUCCUAUCAAUGCCAAUCAAGGAAUUCUCAUUAAUCGAUAAAGACAAAAAAUAAAAAAAAAAGAUAAUGGAAAUCGACCAAUCCAAUGACGAAGGCGAGAGAAGAUCCGAUAUGCUGCGAAAUCUCUCGGCCAACGGCCCGCUGCCCAUUUCCAUGGCGAAGCUCUCCGGCUCGUCGCGCAUCUUACCCUCCCGAAAGGACUUCCAUUUCUACAACAAUUUUCAAGAAUUCAAGCUCCCCAUCAAGGAAUUCGACAAGAAGUCGAAGAAUCUGCUGGAGAAAAUCGGUGCGUCGAAGGAAUUGUUCGGUAAGCAAAUCCCUCUGCCGGACGACAAGGACGUCGAGUUGGAUGAUGACGCGGCGCUCGAUUGGCUGGUUAAUGUGAACGACGAGAUUUUCGAGAGGUUUGACGUGUCCUUGGAUGAUUUCAGGGGGCUGCGUAAGGAGGAAGAGGAGAGUGGCGUGAGGACGAUGAGGGUCAAUGGGGUUGAUGAGGAUGGGUUUCAGAUGGUUUAUGGAAAGAAGAACAAGAAACCUGUGGGGGGUGUGGCGAGGAAUGUUGAUGGGGAAGUGAAAGGGGCUCAUGAAGUGAAGGUUGCGACCAAGUUGAAGCCAAAAAUCCCGUUUCAUGUACCUUCCAUAACGAAGCCGCAGGAUGAGUAUAAGAUCAUUGUGAAUAAUACGAACCAGCCGUUUGAGCAUGUAUGGUUGCAGAGGAGUGAGGAUGGUUCUAGGUUCUUACAUCCUUUGGAGGAGCUCUCCGUACUCGACUUUGUUGAUAUGAGUGAUAGUAUAGAUGAACCCGAAAAACCUCUUCCGAUCGAACUUACGCCACUCAAAUUUGUGGAGGAUGUGAAAGACUUGAAGAAGUUAGCCAUCUCGCUGCGUAAUGUGAAUGAAUUUGCGGUUGAUUUAGAACACAACCAUUAUAGGUCCUUUCAAGGGCUGACAUGUUUGAUGCAAAUAUCUACAAGAACGGAAGACUUUAUCAUUGAUACUCUGAAACUUCGCAUUCACAUUGGUCCGUAUCUCAGAGAAGUAUUCAAAGAUCCAACUAAGAGAAAGGUAAUGCAUGGAGCAGACCGUGAUAUCAUGUGGCUUCAACGAGACUUUGGCAUUUAUGUCUGUAAUAUGUUUGACACGGGACAGGCCUCAAGGGUUUUGAAAAUGGAAAGGUACAGCCUGGAACAUCUAUUGAAUCAUUUCUGUGGAGUUACAGCAAACAAAGAAUACCAGAAUGCAGAUUGGAGAAUUAGACCUCUUCCGCAGGAGAUGAUCAAUGUUACUAUUCUUGUUGUCCUUUCAUGUCAAGUGGAUUGUUUGCUUUUUGAAAAUGUGGAAUUACCUUUUCCUUUUGUGACUUUAGAUUCUCUUGUCUACAAACGCAGUUAUGAUAUUUGCACUCAACUCUAUGAGAAAGAGCUUCUGACAGAAUCUUCACAUCUUCAUAUUUAUGGGGUGCAAAGUGCUGGGCUGAAUGCUCAACAGCUAGCAGUUGUUUCUGGACUUUGUGAGUGGAGGGAUGUCAUUGCUCGUUCAGAAGAUGAGAGUACUGGUUAUGUUUUGCCCAAUAGAAUUCUUAUUGAAAUUGCUAAGGAGACGCCUCUCACAACAAACCACUUGCGUCGGGUCUUGAAAUCUAAGCACCCUUAUAUCGAACGGAAUCUUGGUUCAGUUGUCAGUAUUAUAAGGCACUCAAUUCAAAAUGCCUCUGCAUUUGAGGAGGCUGCUGAACUUCUUAAUGAAAGACGCUUGGAAUUGGCAAACGAAGAACACACUUUGGCCACAGAGGAAACAGAAGUGCCAAAUUCUGAAGCUCCUGAUGAAAUAUCGAAGAUUGUUGAGGGAGUCGAUAAUGUGCAAAACUGCAGUUUGUGUAAUGAUCCUGUGGUUGAGAUUGGGGAAAAUAGUGAAAAGGGUAAAAAUGAUAUCAGUAUUGCAAAUGAUAAGAGUGAGACGCAGCCUGUACUUGGUGGAGACCCUAAAGAUGGACAUGCUAAUAUGAGCUCAUCACAUUCUGCUGAAGCAACUGUUCAGCUGCUGAAGAAGCCUAGCCGAGCUUUUGGCGCCUUGCUUGGAAAUUCAGCAAAGAGGAAGUUCAAUCCUGAUGAAAAAACAGUACACGGAAGCGGCAAACUGGAUCAGAUAAAAUCAACGGUUACCCUUCCUUUCCUUACAUUCUCGGACAUGAACGAGAGACUCCAAACAUAUCCUGAAGAAACUGCCAAGAAUCUCGAUACUGCGCAGCACACAGAAUCUUCAGCUCCUGUCCCAGCCUCGACUCUAGAUGACAUGAUCAUCUUGGAUGCUGACUCAGACUCCAAUGAUGACCUGGCAAGAGAUGACACGCGCGCCCCCAACAGCUCCAAUGACCCUCCUGAAAGAACGGAGCAAGAACAAAAUUCGGGUUCAGAUAUGGAUGAGCCCAUGUCACUCGAUGACCUGUCUUCCAGCUUCCAGAAGUGCCUACCUUCGCCAGCUCAGACUAUAAGUGGUAAAGGCGUUGGUAAAUCUCCAUCUUUCUUGGAGGUGAAGCCUUUUGACUAUGAGGCUGCACGAAAACAGGUGAAAUUUGGGGGAAAUCGCAAAGGAGAUGCAAUGGGUGAUGAUGAUGAUGGUAGUGUUAAGAAACAACAAGACAGGAAAAAGGGUUUGGUGAAGGACAAGUCAGGGAAGGAUGAGAGCCCCACAGAGUUUGGACAAGGUCGAAGGCGCCAGGCUUUUCCGGCUUCUGGCAAUCGUAGUGCGACUUUUCGUUGAGUGAUGAAGGGGUAAGUAGAAAAUAGGACAUUGUUUGGAUGUUGUAUUUUUAUUUAUUAUGGAUAGUGUUUAAAUAUAUAUAUUGUGGUAGAUGACUUUGGUGGGGUAAUUUAUAUAAAACAAAAAACAAAAAAAAUAAGUGGACAAAAAUAACAAAUAAAA